AGACAUAAUCAAGCUGAUUAAGGAGAUUUGUGGAUGUGGUAUUAAGUGCAAGGAAAGGCCCAUGGAGCUGGUGUUUGUGAUCGACAGCUCUGAAAGCGUGGGCCCGGAAAACUUUGAGAUCAUCAAGGACUUUGUCACAGCUUUAGUGGACCGCGUCACAGUGGGCCGUAAUGCCACGAGAAUUGGUCUGGUUCUUUACAGUUUGGACAUCCAUCUGGAGUUCAACCUGGCCAGGUAUAUGACCAAGCAGGAUGCCAAGAAGGCGAUCAGGAACAUGCCUUACAUGGGAGAGGGCACCUAUACUGGCACCGCCAUCCGCAAAGCCACACAAGAGGCCUUUUACAGUGCCAGGAACGGGGUCAGAAAAGUUGCCAUCGUUAUUACAGAUGGACAGACGGAUAAAAGAGAACCCGUUAAGCUGGAUAUGGCAGUACGUGAGGCUCAAGUGGCCAAUAUUGAGAUGUAUGCCCUGGGAAUCGUGAACACCUCUGACCCAACGCAGGCCGAGUUCCUGAGGGAGCUCAACCUCAUCGCAUCUGACCCUGACAGUGAACAUAUGUUCCUCAUUGAUGACUACAACACACUGCCAG